AUGCCCACGUAUCCCGGAUCGUGCUUCUGCCGCAAAAUUCAGUACGAGCUGCGUCUGGCCUCCCCUGACGACGCCCGCACCUCGCUUUGCCACUGCCGCAAUUGCAAGAAAGCUUUCGGAACAAAUUAUGGUCUAACAACUAAGGUCCCCAAGGAAUCCUUUCACCUGACAACAGGCAAACCAAAGGAGCAUGAGUCGGAUAAUGGCUCCGGAGUCGUGAUUCAUCGAGAAUUCUGCGACAACUGUGGUAGCUUCAUUCUUGAAUACGGGACUGCCGCUAAAGAUCAUUUCCGCUACAUCUGUGCCGGCUCUCUCGAUGACCCGGAGGCACUACCGCCCAAAGGCGAGUUCUUCUGUAAAUCACGGGCGACCUGGAUGCCGGAAGUCCCAAAUAUAUUUCACAAGCAGGAGAUCACGGAGUAA